AUGCCCAAGAUAAUUGGUGGUCCUUACCCAUGUCUCCCAGAGACAUUCUCAGCAGAGCUUUGUGAACUCUUGAAUGAUAUCUUCAAUAAAGGCCGUCAAUCAAGACCAACAGCCAGUGAGAUCCUGGAACGUCCCCUCAUUAUAAGAUGUCUCUCUAACAAGAUCAAAACAACUCUGGAGGAACUUCAGACCAAGCUGACCAAGCUAAGAGAUGUGGCUGAUGGUUUGGAACGUGUGCAUCAGAGUACCACCAUCGUCAGCCUGGCAGGAGGAGUGAUUGGAGCGAUGGGGGGGAUUACAUCCAUAGUGGGUCUAAUACUGGCUCCAUUCACUUUGGGAGCCUCUCUUAUUGUCACUGGGGUUGGAGUGGGCGUGAGUGCACUUGGUGGGGUCACUGCUGGUGCCUCAAAUAUCACAAAUAUGGUCAACCAGUCCUCUGAUUGCAAAGCUGUUCGAAGCAUCCUCAAAGAGUUUGAACAGAAAAUUCCAGCAGUUGUCACCUGGUUACAGGAGGUUGGCAACAGCAUCCAGAACAUCAGGAGCGGAUUUGGCUCACUUGACACAGCAGAUAGCCAGUUCACUCAAGAGAACCUGACAAGACUUGGCUUCAGGGCAGGGAAGGGAAUAGGUGGUCUUGCUGAACUGAUUCGACUAGUUCAAGUGACAAAUAUUGGAAGGAUUGCAGCACAGGCAUCCAGGGCAGUACGUGUGGCAGAGGUAGCAACAGGUGUUCUUUCUGGCUUAUUCAUAGCAGUAGAUAUCUUUUUUAUUGCCAUGGAUGCUAAAGAGAUACACCACAUUAGACAGGCAAAGGCAGCAGAGGCAGCUGCUACUUCUGGGUCAGUGUCCAACUUUGACUCGUCUACGUCUACCUCUGACCAAGAUGCACUUCUGUCCAGCUCAGUGAUGCAAGAGCUCAAGCCUAAAACAUCACAGGCACAGGACCAGUCUUCCUCUAAAACCACUCGAGUCAGAUCUGAGAUCAUGAAAUUUGUCCUGUCAGUCAGGGAGGCAGCAGACAACUUGGAGAAAGUCUUGGAUGAGCUACAAAGCAUCAGCUCAUCUCUCCCUUCAUUUAGAGAUCAGAGAGAGCUGGAGUGGCAAAAUAUGGAAUUAAUGUAACCCAAACCAGAAGCACAUUCAGUAAAGUGUAGUUAAGCCAAGUAGAAAAUUCUGAAUGUGCUGCCACCUGGUGUUUGCUCCAUGGUGUGCAAUUCAUCUGUUAACAUUCAAGCGCUGUCCACUGCUACAUCACAUUUGGGUGUGGUUAAGUGUACAUCAAACCACACCUGACCACAACUACGUGUGAUGUUUAUUGAGGUUGAAGUAAAACAGACUUUUAAAACUAGAGCAGUCAGUGCAGCAAGGCAUUUCAUCUGUUAAAAAAGUGUCAAGUUGCUUUUUCAAUAUGCAGUAAGCCAACAUUUUUUUUCGUACAUUAAUGUAAUGAUUUUAGUUUAACUUCAUCUCAGUAGUUCUAGAUCAUUUUGCAUGAAUACGAGGAUCUUGACAUGCAGCUGGUUCUCUGCUAAAUUAAACUGUAAGCUUGCGAUUAUCUUUUGAAUGCAUUUCUAAUACAUAUGAAUAUUGUAUAUAUCUAUGUUGAUGAGAAACAAGAGUCUCAGGGAUUCAGUUCAGUGGCUCAGUGGUUCAUACUGUCACCUUAUACAUGAUUUACAUGAUGGUAUUUUUCUUUGUGGGUUUUUUUUUUAGAUUCAGGUUCGGUCAAAUAGAAACUCUUAAUUUUCUGUUAGUGUGAGUAUAACUGUCAUUUUCUGCCUAUAUGUAUCAGUCCUGUGAUAGUAACACACAGAGUUAAAAGUCAUGUUUGCAUCUGCUUCUGAAAAAAUAAAGUUGUGUUCUCGGUUGCA